AUUUUGAUUUUGUUUUCGGAUUCUGCAGUUCCGAAAUGUUAUCGGUAGAGUCUUUAAGUCCGGUAAUUCGAACCAAGUUUCAUCUCGAUUCGAAUUGUAAUCUACGUUGUUGGAAUGGAUUGGGGGUUUUCCGUUGUAAAUCCAGGGUAUAUCACCAGGAUUCAAAUCGUUUUCUUCUGAAUUUGGUGCCCUUUCCCUCUGUAAAGUUGUAUAGAUUAGCGCCUUCGAAAAACUCGGAUAGAUUCAAUCUUUGGGGAGGUUUCGCGGGGAAUUUCGGGUCGAGGAGUAUCAGGGUAUGUGCAAAUAGUAGAGAUAGUGAUUCCACAGGUGGUUCAGGGGAGAAGAGUGAAGCUAAACCUAGCGAAACUCAGGGGGUUAAUAAGAACACAACGAAUUCUGGUUCUUCGUCCAAUCCAAGGAGGGAGAAGCACGGAAAAGGAGGGGGUUGGUGGUGGUCUAAAGGCGGAAAAUGGCGGUGGCAACCUAUAGUUCAGGCCCAAGAGAUUGGAAUUUUGCUUCUGCAGCUCGGAAUUGUAAUUUUUGUUAUGCGAUUGCUUCGUCCUGGGAUUCCAUUACCGGGGUCCGAGCCGAGGACUCCCACGACAUUCGUAACCGUACCUUACAGUGACUUCUUAAGCAAAAUCAACAGUAAUAACGUGCAGAAGGUAGAGGUUGAUGGAGUGCAUAUCAUGUUUAAGUUGAAAUCUGAACCAGGUGCUCAGGAAAGUGAAAUAAUCGGUGGAAGCAAGCUGCAGGAAUCGGAUUCAUUGAUAAGAGGUGUUAGUCCGACUAAAAGAGUAGUUUAUACGACUACCAGGCCCAGUGAUAUUAAAACUCCGUAUGAUAAGAUGCUUGAAAACGCAGUGGAAUUUGGGUCACCAGACAAGCGGUCGAAUGGAUUCUGGAACUCUGUAAUGAUAGCUCUGUUCUAUGUUGCUGUGCUUGCUGGCCUUCUCCACCGGUUUCCUGUAACCUUUUCACAGCAUACAGCUGGUCAAAUUAGGAACCGCAAGUCUGGGGGUCCUGGUGGGGCAAAAGUCUCUGAACAAGGUGAAUCAAUUACUUUUGCUGAUGUGGCUGGUGUUGAUGAGGCUAAGGAGGAGCUAGAAGAAAUUGUGGAAUUUUUAAGGAAUCCAGAUAGAUAUAUUCGACUUGGUGCUCGGCCUCCUCGUGGUGUUCUUCUGGUGGGUCUACCAGGGACAGGUAAGACUCUUUUAGCCAAGGCUGUCGCUGGGGAAGCUGAAGUACCCUUCAUAAGUUGUUCUGCUAGUGAAUUUGUGGAACUGUAUGUUGGCAUGGGUGCCUCUCGCGUGAGAGAUCUCUUUGCAAGGGCAAAGAAAGAGGCACCAUCAAUCAUCUUUAUUGACGAGAUUGAUGCUGUAGCAAAAAGUCGUGAUGGUAAAUUCCGUAUUGUCAGCAAUGAUGAAAGGGAGCAAACCUUGAAUCAGUUGCUUACUGAGAUGGAUGGGUUUGACAGCAACUCGGCUGUCAUUGUUCUAGGUGCUACCAAUCGAUCAGAUGUUCUAGAUCCUGCUCUUCGCCGACCUGGAAGAUUUGAUCGCGUGGUUCAGGUGGAAACACCCGACAGGACUGGAAGGGAUGCAAUUUUGAGAGUACAUGUUACCAAGAAAGAGCUCCCCCUUGCGGAUGAUGUCAACCUCAGUGAUAUUGCUUCUAUGACCACAGGCUUUACAGGGGCAGAUCUUGCAAACCUGGUUAAUGAAGCUGCUCUUUUGGCUGGAAGACAGAACAAAAUUGUGGUGGAAAAAGAUGAUUUUAUUCAAGCAGUGGAGAGAUCUAUAGCUGUAAAUAUUUCUUCCUCUCACACACACGUUUUNGCACGACAUGAGGUUGGUCAUGCAGUUGUAGGCACAGCUGUUGCAAAUCUUCUACCUGGACAGCCGCGUGUAGAGAAAUUGAGUAUACUACCAAGGUCAGGAGGGGCACUUGGGUUUACCUAUAUUCCUCCAACAAAUGAAGAUAGAUAUUUGCUCUUCAUUGAUGAGUUGCGUGGCCGUUUGGUUACGCUUCUGGGAGGACGUGCAGCAGAAGAAAUAGCCUUUUCAGGUCGUAUUUCAACUGGAGCACUUGAUGAUAUCAGACGAGCAACCGACAUGGCAUACAAAGCAGUGGCUGAAUAUGGUCUGAACCAAACAAUAGGCCCUGUGUCCAUAGCAACGCUUGCUGGUGGCGGAAUCGAUGAGUCUGGGGGAGCUGUCUCUUGGGGAAGGGACCAGGGACAUCUUGUUGAUCUUGUUCAAAGGGAGGUUAAAGCAUUGCUACAAUCUGCUCUCGAGAUUGCGCUUUUAGUCGUGCAUGCAAACUCAGCUGUCUUGGAAGGGCUUGGUGCCCAUUUAGAAGGCAAAGAAAAAGUAGAAGGUGAAGAGCUGCAACAGUGGUUGAGAAUGGUUGUUGCACCAAAAGAACUGACAAUCUUCGUAAGAGGCAAACAGGAAUCUCUUCUCCCCGUACAGUCCGUGAACUCGGCCCCAGCUUCGUAGCCAUCGUGUACAAUUCUUGUAUACUAGAGUGAACUAAAUUUCGGCCCAUUUUUUUAUAAGAUGCCUGCUGGUUGGAUGUGUCAUCCACAACAUGCAAGAAAAAAUACCAGCAAAACAACCACCAGCAGCUGCCUAAGCACCUCGUGUUGGAGCCAUGUUCAGGUAUGUUGCCAUAUCAAACUUUAAUGUUCUCAAUCAGCUAUGCAUUGGUCGCAAUUUUAGCAGUAUCCAACUUCAUAUCUGUAAUUUAUUACCCAGCUUUAUAAACUGCUGUACUGUAAAUAUAUAGCGUUGCCAUAAGUUACAAAUGAAUGACGUCUGGGUCAUUGUACUCUCUCAAAUGUUAUCAGUCAUUCUUCAUUCAACAAGAAUUUGUGCAUUUUCCAUAG